CGGGCGUCACAUGCACCGCAGCAACAAGAAGCACCAACCAUCAUCGGUGCCCGUGGUACCACUAGCAGUUGCGUGCCGUCGUCGUCGUCGGAUCGUUGUGUUCAGCUUACCGCGUGUACACACACACAUUUAGUGCGAGCGCACCGUUCACGUAUCCGUGUAUAUUAUACGUGUAUACACGCAUUGGUAUAGUACACAUAUAAUACAGAUAUACACGCUUGAACACUCGCACGUGGGAGCUCCGAAACGGCGGUGCGCGUUGUUUUUUAAUCACAUGUUCCGCACCCCUAGUACUUGUAUAUUUUUUUACACUUUUCUGAUACAUUUUGGUGCUGUAAGGUCGUUUCUUGACAUCGUAUACAUGUAUUAACUGACGUUUUUAAAGAUUCGACGUUGUUGUAAAGAAAAUACAAUUAAAUUUAUACGAAGAGCCAGUGCGCUUCGAAGAAUAUUUGGUGAAAGUACUUGCUGUAUAAACAUUUAUUACCUUAUUCAUACGAAGGACAAUAAGCCGGAGGAUUAAGUAGUCAAGUCAAAGUGAGGGAAGAAAGUCUUGAGAGGUGCGUGCAACACGACGGUCCGAGGAAUUUUCGUGAGCCGAAAAGGAGAGGGAGAUAAGUAAGACUAGAGGAAAGAAGAAAAGAGCAAGAGGGAGGGAGCGCACGGAGGUUUUCUUUUCAGAGGGAACAACUGCAGCUAUAUAAUAUAUACCAUCAGCAGAAGUGUGCAGAAGAGUGUGCAUAUAUAUAACGCUCCGUUGCUGCAGCCCGAGCCGUAUACCUAUACAUCAACCUACCUACCUAGCGUUUGUUGGUCCGACAGAAACAGCUGCUUCCGAUCGACGAGCGCAAAACAAAAGGCCUAUAGCAGCUCGUAGUACCACCUCGCGAGUGCUACGACUCGGCGCUAAGCAGUAGCAGUGAAUAAUCAGCCAACAACAGAGAGCUGGAGGCAAGCAUCGCGUACGGCCGAGGCGGCGAAAUAGGCAGCGAACUGUUGAGGAUGCUGAUGCCGAGCGCCGCGGGCCUGGCUCCCAAUCCCGAGGACCUGGUCACGGGCCUGGGCGCCCUGGCCGGUGCCACGCCUCAGCAGAAGGACACCACGUGGACGAAGCUCUUCGUCGGUGGGCUACCCUACCACACGACCGACAAGAGCCUCAGGGAGCACUUCAACGUUUACGGCGACAUUGAGGAGGCAGUCGUCAUUACCGAUCGGCAGACCGGCAAGAGCAGGGGAUAUGGAUUCGUGAUCAUGGGUGACAGGCCAGCAGCGGAGCGAGCCUGUAAGGACCCGAACCCCAUAAUCGACGGCCGCAAGGCUAACGUCAAUCUGGCGAUACUCGGCGCCAAGCCUCGUGGCAACCUACAAACGGCCUUCCCGUUUGCCGCUGGCAUUCGCGCCGGAUAUCCCACAGUUCUACCAGGACAGUACGGAGUUCCACCGGGCUACGUGUACCAGACACCCUACCUCGCGGCAGCGGCCCCGGGUAGCCUGGUGUCCCUGCCCUCGGCCACCCAGUUGAGCCACGCAGCCGCCGUAGCCGCGGCCUCCCAGUUCUACGAGUACCACAACGCAGCCGCCGCAGCGGCCACCUACCCGACGACCUCGUACAACUUCGCCGAGGCGUACCCGUACACGAGCGCAGCGGCAGCCGCGAACGCCGCAGCAGCGAGCUACGUGACACCGUAUACGUAUGCGGCACUUCCCGGAGCAGCGGGUCUGCCGGCAGCAGCGACAGCCGCGGGCGCCGCCUUCCCUGGGCUUCCCUACCAGACGACGCCCCAGGAGGCGAGGCUCCAGUAAACGCGUCGACCGACCCUCCACCACCCCCUGGAAGAUUCGCCACGUUCGAAGAUACCUGAAGCCUCACUGUCUCCGGGAGGCUCGCUCUUCUUUCAACUUGACGAAGAUGAUGAUGAUGAUGAUAAUAAUGAGCGCACCUUUCACCGAUGCCAUAGGUUUUUUAAACGAGGAGUUUUUAUUGUUGAUGUAUAACAUUUUUAAAAAAUUUGACGAUCAUCCGCGUUGACGACAAGGGGAUUGAAUUGUAACUCGCGUGACGAAUUUUUCAUUGACAUCGGUUAUGACGGGAGAUGAUUUUUUUAUCGAAGAUCGGUUGGGACAGUGGUGGAGUUUCGAUGCCUCGUUGUUAUCUGUGCUCACGAGUAUGUUGUAACCAUUGGAUCUUUCAAAGAUCGAAAAUUCAAUUGUGAAAGGGAGCGAUAAAAUGUGAAAUGAAGGAAACAAAAAAAAAAAAAAAAA